AUGGAUUUAGAUUCGAAAAACAAGGUGGUUACUACGGCAGAACCAAAAGAUCUUAGUGCAGCACUUCAGGCAGUUAUCAAAGAUGUGGGAGAGAUGGGAAUUUACCAGCGACUUCUCUUCGUAGGGAUGCUGCCCUUCGGGUUUUUAUGGGCAUUUGUGUACAUGAGCCACUUGUUCAUCACGGCCACGCCCCACGAGCACUGGUGCCGGGUCCCUGAACUCGAUGGCCUAGGAUGGGAACUAAGGCGAAAUCUGUCGAUCCCGGCGAGCGCGGCGGGCGUGUUCGAGCGCUGCGUCGUGUUCGUGGCCAACUGGACCGAGGUGCUGGAGACGAUGCUGCCGCCCGCGCCCGGCUCGCACACCAUCCCCUGCCAGAAUGGGUGGGAGUUCCUCUUCGAUGACAUACCAUAUUCUACCGUCUCUACUGAGCGCGAGUGGGUGUGCAGCCGAGCGGCGCUGGUGCCGUGGUCCCAGACCAUCAGCAUUCUGGGGUCCAUGCUGGGCGGAAUACUCCUCGGAUACUUCGCCGACAGAUUCGGACGGAUACCAGCGUUGCUCGUGUCUAACGUUCUCGGCUGUGUCGGCGGCGUGGCCAUGACCUUUACUACCGGUUUCUGGGAUUUCUCCGUGUGCCGCUUCCUGGUUGGAAUGUCUUGUGACGGCUGUUUUCUAUUUAUAUAUAUCCUCGCGUUGGAGUACGUUGGCGUAAAGCAUCGGUCGUGGGUUGCCAACAUGUCGAUUGCGCUGUACUUCGGCGGCGGCUGCGUGGCGCUGCCCUGGCUGGCGCUGUGGUUCAGCGACUGGAGGACCUUCAUCCUGGUCACCUCGCUGCCCAUGCUGGUUGCGCUGGUUACACCCUUCCUGGUUCCGGAGAGUGUCGGGUGGCUGGUAUCCAAAGGGCGAGUUGAUGAAGCUGUAAAAGUAGUUCAUAAAUUUGAAAGGGUCAACAGAACUAAAAUUUCCCAAGAGGUUCUCGAUGAAUUUAUAGCUGCCGCCAAAUCAUUCACUCAGCAAGAUGAAAGUUUGUUAGUGAUAUUUAAAACCAAAGGUUUGCGAAAAACUGUAUUGUUUCUGGUGAUCGCAUUCAUGUCCUGCGCCUUGGUGUUCGAUGGCCUGAUCAGGAUGUCGGAGCAUCUUGGGGUGGACUUCUUCAUAGCGUUCACGUUGACGGGCGCUACAGAAGUCCCUUCGAUUGCUUUAGUGGUUCUGCUAAUAGACAGGUUUGGACGUCGGAAAAUAGUCUCAUUGCCCUUGAUUAUAGGAGGAGUCGUUGCUUUUGUAGGCGCUUUUGUGCCCCGAGGGGUCGCGUCUGUGGUGAUGGCAGUGGGUGCGCGGUUCCUGGGCAACAUGGCGUACAGCGCCGUGAUCCAGUGGACGCCCGAGCUCAUGCCCACCAGCGUGCGCGCCUCGGGCGCCUCCUUCGUGCACGUCAGCGGGUUCGCCGCCGCCAUGCUGGCACCCUUCCUCGUUUAUUCCGAGCGCGUGUGGGGGGAACUGCCGCUGGUGCUGGUGGGCGCGACGGCAGUGGCGGGCGGCGCCGUGGCCCUGCUGCUGCCAGAGACCGCGGGCCAGCCGCUGCCGCAGACCCUGGACGACUACGAGCGCAUCGCCGACGCACGCCGCCGCCGGUAG